GAAACUUUGUUCGAGCGCAUUCAUAACGCAAAGAAAGCAGAAGACUCACGGUGGGCUCCGUUCGCCGGCGAGGAUGAAUGGAACCUAGCCCACUGGCUGGUGACUUCCGGGCUGACGCAGUCCAAUGUUGAGAAGUUCUUGAAGUUGAAUAUUCUCACCAGUGUCUUUCAGACCCGCACGCGCACGAAGCCUUCGUUCGAAAGCAAUUACAUGUUCUACAAGAAAAUCGACUCGCUGCCAAGCGGCGAAGCGAGCUGGAACGUCGAAGUGUUCGAGGCCAUAGGCGACAGGGUGGGGGAGGAUGGUAGACUGAAGAAGGAGAAGGUUGAGUUAUGGCAGCGCAAUCCGGUGGAUUGCAUCCGGGAGCUCAUGGGAAACUCAGCCUUCCGGGAUUCAAUCCGAUACGCGCCGGAGAGGCAGUACGCCGAUGCAGGUGGGAAGGAACGCAUAUAUGGUAAUAUG